UUCUGCCCCGAGCAUUCGUCUUCGCGCGAUCAUUUUCUCGCAUCAGCAUCACACCCAUUCACCGUAUCGCCUGGCACGUCCGAUACCAGCACAACAUGGCUCCGAAGGAGAAGAAAGACAAAGACGCGGGCGAUGCGCGACCACUCGAACUCACCCCUCCACCCGACUACUUUGCCACGAGGAACGCCAUUUUCGAUCGUCUCAAGGCCGAGCAGGAUGCUUGGAAAGCGAAGCAGCCACGCGAGGAUAUUCAAGUCACCUUGGGCAAUGGCAGUAGCAAGGACGGUAAGAGCUGGGAAACCACACCUUCACAGAUUGCACGGGACAUUUCAAAGAGUCUGUUUGAGCGUACUGUGAUUGCGCGGGUGGACGGCGAGCUGUGGGAUUUGGACCGCCCGUUGGAGAAGAGCUGUUCGUUGGAGCUGCUAGACUUUGACCACCCAGAGGGCAAGAAGGUCUUCUGGCAUAGCAGUGCACAUAUCUUGGGAGAAGCCUGUGAGCGUCGCUAUGGCUGCUCACUCUGCAUUGGACCACCUGUCGACGAUGGUUUCUACUACGAGAUGGCUCUGCCUGAAAAUGGCGCCGUCACGGCUGCCGACUACAAGCCGCUGAAGCAGAUUGCCGAAAAGGCCAUCAAGGAGAAGCAGCCAUUUGAACGACUCGAGCUGAGCAAGGAGGAUUUGCUGGAAAUGUUCUCUUACAACAAGUACAAGACGCACAUCAUCAACGACAAAAUCGCGGACGGCACUCGCACCACCGUGUAUCGGUGCGGUCCACUCAUCGAUCUGUGUCGAGGACCCCACGUGCCAAACACUGGUCGCAUCAAGGCAUUCGAUAUCAUGAAGAACUCGGCCAGUUACUUUUUGGGAGACGCAAAGAACGACAGUCUGCAGCGUAUCUACGGUGUCUCGUUUCCAGACAAGAAGGCCCUUGAAGAGCAUAAGCACAUGCUUGAAGAGGCCGCGAAGCGUGACCAUCGCAAAAUCGGUCAAGAGCAGGAGCUUUUCUUCUUCCACCAAAUGUCACCCGGAUCGGCAUUCUUCCUCCCGCACGGCAUGAUCAUCUACAACGCUCUUCUGUCAUUCAUCAAGGAGGAGUAUUGGAAGCGUGGCUACCAAGAGGUUGCUUCACCCAACAUGUACAACUCUGCAUUGUGGAAGCAAUCCGGGCACUGGCAGCAUUACCACGAAGACAUGUUCACCUUUGAAGUUGAGAAGGAUCAGUGGGCGCUGAAGCCGAUGAAUUGCCCAGGUCACUGUCUGCUUUUUGGUCACCGCGAGAGGAGUUACCGAGAGCUGCCGAUGCGCAUUGCUGACUUUGGUAUUCUCCACCGCAACGAGGCAUCAGGUGCUUUGACCGGUCUGACUCGAGUGCGGCGUUUCCAGCAAGACGACACCCACAUCUUCUGUAUGGAGAGCCAAGUCGAGCAGGAGAUCAAGGGCCUUUUCGACUUCAUGACCGCUGUGUACGGUUUGUUUGGCUUCACCUUCAAGAUGAAGCUAUCUACCAUGCCCGACAACCAUUUGGGAGACGUUGCCACGUGGGAGCGCGCCGAAGCUCAGCUGACCAAGGCUCUUGACGAGUUUCAGCAACAGACCGGCACCAAGUGGGAGCUCAACCCAG